GUGGGAACAUAUUACGUCACAUCCGGAAACAUCCAAGACAGUCAUGGCUGCUGCGUCUACUCCCGCGGUCGUCAAUUCACCAAUAACACAGCAAUCGGGGGGAAUGCCGUUUGAUUUUUCCAAGCCUCCGGUUAUUGAAGGGUUUACACCAGUGUCGAGGCGAAAGGACGAGACGUUCAAGGAAAAACUGCUCCGAAAAACAAAAGAAAAUCCAUUCGUCCCCAUAGGUUGUCUUGGAACAGCCGGAGCCCUAGCGUAUGGACUCCGUGCUUUUCAUCAAGGCAAAACCAGGCAGUCCCAGAUGUUGAUGAGAGGGCGAAUCUUUGCUCAAGGCUUUACUGUAUUUGCCAUAAUAUUUGGAGUUGUUGCAACUCAGCUGAAACCCAAGCAAUGAAGGGAACAAAGUAUAUGCCAAGGCCUAUGAAUAUAUAGAGAUCAAGUUAAUUCUAUCACUAUUAACGGAUGUAAAUAGAAUCUACUGAUACAUGAAUGUUGUUAAAUAAACCAAAUGGUUUGGAACGACUUCAUCCUUCACAAUUGAUCAAAUGUUAAUUGCUUUUUGUAAUAAAUUUGCAACAUUAAAAUCUAUAUGCAAUAGAAUUGUCUGCAUUCCGUUAUUA